AUGAUCAAACGCGGCAGCAGCGUGCUCUUGCUCCUUGACGAAGGAAGCAAAGAGGUUAGCAAAUUCAGAUGGUACGGUGUGGCAGCGAUGCUUGGCAGUUCAGGGUCCACCUCUGCGAAGCCGUUCAACGUCGACUUGGAAAAUGACUUCAAAAGGCUCUGCGUUGAUGCAUCCUUUGAAUAUUGGCUGCCUCGCUCUGAUUUGAAUUGGGACUCGAAGAUGCAGACUGGUUUGAAUUGGGCAUUUCAACUUCGCCCAACGCCUGGCGAAAUCAGUCGUCCGGAAGACUCACCGCACGUUCAGAGGCCAAAUCAGGACAAGGCUGGCUAA